UUCCCGUACCUCUCUCUUGUGUCUUAGAAAGCUUCAGAAACUGUCCAAUUCAACUUAAUUGGACCCAUCCGAAGUACACCCAGAACCUCAAUUCUCUCUUUUUCUCUCUCUAUAUAUUCUCUACUUAACUGAAUCAACAAGGCUUCAUUGGGUAUUUUUAUAGUGGAGGAAAGGGUGUGAAAUGAUAGGGAUUGAGGGUUUGAAGAGUGAGGACUUGGACGAGUGCUUUGAGAGACAGAUGGUGUUUGGUGGUGGUGGAAAGAUGGGGGGUGGUGGGGUGAUCACAGAGUGGAAGGACAUACCCAUGGAGCUAUUAUUGAGGAUUGUUUCAUUGGUUGAUGAUCGGACGGUGAUCGUGACUUCUGGGGUUUGUAGUGGGUGGAAGGAUGCUAUUUGCUGGGGACUCAACUAUCUCUCCCUUUGCUGGUGCAACAAAAACAUGAACAACUUGGUUGUGUCACUUGCUCCCAAAUUCACCAAUCUGCAGAUUUUAAUUCUGCGGCAAGACAAACCACAACUUGAAGAUAAUGGUGUUGAGACUAUUUCCAACUGCUGCCAUAACCUGCUAGACCUGGACCUCAGCAAGAGCUUCAAGCUUACUGAUCGGUCCCUAUAUGCCUUAGCUCGUGGUUGUCCAAGUCUUACAAAGUUGAAUAUCAGCGGGUGCUCAGCCUUCAGUGAUACUGCCCUAGCAUACCUGUCUGGUUUUUGUAGAAAACUUAAAUUCUUAAAUCUUUGUGGAUGUGUGAAAGCUGCAUCUGACAAAGCACUGAAGGCUAUCGGCUAUAACUGCCAUCAGUUGCAGUCUUUGAAUCUGGGAUGGUGUGAAAAUGUUGGUGAUGCAGGGGUGACGAGUUUAGCAUAUGGAUGCCCUGAUCUAAGAGCUCUUGACUUGUGCAACUGUGUUCUUAUAACAGACGAGAGUGUAGUUGUUUUGGCAAACAAUUGCCCUCAUCUCAGAUCCCUUGGUCUCUACUACUGCCAGAAUAUCACAGACAGAGCAAUGUAUUCUUUGGCUCAUAGUCGACUGAAGAAUAAGCAUGAAAUGUGGGCAUCUGUGAAAAGCAAGUACGAGGAGGAAGGGCUUAUUAAUCUGAACAUCAGCCAGUGCACAGCCCUUACCCCUCCUGCUGUUCAGGCAGUAUGCGAUUCAUUUCCUGCACUUCACACCUGCCCUGGACGACAUUCCCUCAUCAUAAGUGGCUGUUUGAACCUAACAUCUGUGCAUUGUGCCUGUGCUUUUCAAACACAUCGUGAAACCUUUCCACUUCCUCAUCCAGCUCAUUAAACAAGUGUUAAGGUGGGAACUUGAAGUUGGAGUUUAUGGCCCUAAAACAAGUUCAUGUACAUAAGGUUGUGUUGGACUGUUAUGAAUUUAUUUGGCUGAAUGUAACAAACCUUUCCCUUGUUUUGACCUUCAUAUUGUGAUUGUUUGUUGGAUAUGUUCCCGGACCUCAUUUUAUACUGAAACAGUGUCAUUAUUGAUGUAUUUUUAACUUAUAUUUGUGACAAGGGAAUGCGUGGAGCAGUUUCUGG